GAUGACGUAGCACACAAGCGACGUCAGCAUCAAAACUAAUGUUGGAAUGAGAAAAGUAGAAGGCUGAGCAAAACUGCACAUAUUUUUUUUGAUUUCUUAGUUUACAAAGCGCAUUUAACAAAAUAAAAAUAUGGAGUUAACUGAACUAGUUUCUCCAAGUGUGGCUAUGCCUGUUAUAGGAGUUGUAGUUUGUGCUUUUAUUGUAUUUGCAUUCGGUUUUCGUUCACCUGUUCAGCCUCCGAGUUUCAGUUUUGAAGAAGAAAAGCGCAACAAAAGGCGAGCAAAACAACCUAAAGUGAAAAGUCCAAUAAAUGGACAAGUGUUAAAUGAAACCAUUGUGGAUGAUGUACCUAAAGCAACACCCAAAGUUGUUAAAGAAGUGAAAACUCCAUCACCACCUCCUAAGCCUAAGACAGAUACUUCUAAACCAGUUAAAAAGGAUACAAAACAGGAAGUUAAAACUGACAAAAAAGAAAAGCAACUUUCAAAGAAGCUAAUUGGAAAUAAAGAAGAAGUUGUGAAAAAAGAAAAAGCUGUUCCUCUAAAGAAAGAAACUGAAGAUGAUGGUGAAUGGACAACUAUACUGGUAUCAAAGAAAACUAAAAAGCAGAAGCCAAGUAAGAAAGAUGGAGGGCAUGCUGAAUCUGCAUUUGAAGUAGAAAAUGAGCAAGAGAGUUUGUCAACACCAGACGCAGCAGCUGCUUCUGCUUCUAUAACCUCAAUUGAAACAGAAGAGUCAAGCCCUCUUUCAUUCAAUAAGUUAAAGAAGAAGAGGAAAGAUAAACCAAUUGAAAAGCAGGGAAAAGUUGAUGAAAAAGUUGAAAUUUCUUCCUCCUCAAGUGUAAUAGAGACAAGUGCUGUUCAACCUGAUGAACCAGUUGAUAAAAAAAAGAAGGCUAAGAAAGAUAAGAAAACUGUUAAUGCAGCAGCCGGAGCUGCUCCUGCUGCUGAUAAUCUGCCUCAAGGUGCAGCUCCUGCCUCUGGAAAGUCAGUUAAAAAAGAAGUUAGCCCUGCACCAGCAGCCCGAGACAUUAAAAAGUCCACUGCUUCAGCAGCAGUGUCAGGAGAACAGGCCAAGCCUAGUGGUCCCAGUAAAUCCAAGAAGGUCAAAGCAACCCCCAUUGAGCCAGUCAGCCCCCAGCCAGAGAAAGCUGUCUCUGCACCUGUGAGUGCUGAACCUGCAGCUGCAGCAGCUUCUGGGAAAAAAGCAAAGGCUGUUCCAGCCCAAACUGAGCAGCCAAAACCAAGCAGUGGAUCCUCUAAUACUGAGCUUUCCAAGACGAGCCCCAAAAAGAAAAAAUCUAAAACCAGUGAAAACAAUCAGGAGGUUCCCUCUGAAAAGUCUGUGGACAUUGAGCUCAAGCAGGUGGAGCCCAGCAAAAAGGCAGUGGUUAAAAAGCCAGAUCCCGUUAAAAAGCCAGAUCCACCUACCAAAGCACUUGAAGUGGCACCUGAACCAGCCAUUUCUGAACCACAAGUUGUUCCUGCUGCUGUGUCUUUUGAUGAAAUAGGAGAUUCCUGGCAAGAAGCCGCACCAAAGAGUAAGAAAAAGAAGCCUAGAAGGGACAACUAAAGCCCAAUAUGUGUAUGUUGUGUCAAACAAGCAGCAUUCCUUCAAUGUUUUUAACAAUUUACCUAUGUGAUAUGAAACCUGACAGCAACAUGACAAGAAUGACCAGCCUACCAUUUUUCACCUGUUUCAACAUGCAAUAGUCAAACGGAGAAGACUGGAAUGUUCUUGAGCUCAAUGAUGAGGAUAACAAUGUCUCACCUUAUGUCCACUCUAGUAAGAUUUUUCUCUUUUAUUUGUUGAGUGCUUUGAACCACCAGACAGACAUGUUGUGAUAUCUUCAACCACAUAGGCAGUUUUGAUAAAAAACAAAAUGAAAUUUUCAGAAAUAAGAAAGGGUAUGCAUAUUUUUAUAUGGACUUUAAUUUACAAUCCACUUGUGCAUUUCAUUGUGUCUUUCUUUGGACGAUUUUCAUAAUGUUGAUGUUAUCUUUUGCUGUAUGUUUCUACUUUAUAGUGAUUGCAACCUUUGUUAUAGUUUCAAGAACUGUAGUGAAUGAUAAAGAUUAAAAAGGACAUCUUAGUUUUGAUAAAUAGGUAUACCACCAUCUAGUCAUUUUGCACAUUAUUUACGAGAUCAAUAUUUUUUACAUUUUACAACGAGACUUUAAAUUUAACUGUUAAAUAGAUCUUCGCAAUCAGUGUAUUUUUAAAAUGUUUUUAAAUGUAAUAUUUGUUUACUUCAAAAAUGAAUCGGACAACUUAAAACCAUUCUCAUAGAUUUUGUUAGUUUACUUAUGCAAACUAUUAUGUUAGGCUGUUGUAACUAGAAUAAGUGAGAGAUUCAUUGUAUGAUUGUGCCAUUUGUCCAGUUGGAAGUAGUGUUAGCACUAACUUGUGUCUAGAACUGAAAUCUCUAUGUACAGCUCAUGUUUCCAGCUGGCCUACUUGAAGGCUGUGUAAUAACCAUUGCUCACCUCAUUCUUUUCAUUCUUUUGGUUGAGUCCAUAAUACUUGUUUGCUUUUUAUUUAUUCAUUUAUUUGCCUUGCCUUCCUACCCCUCAAAAACCUCAAUAGCAUUUUGUUUCUCUUUACUGUUAUACAUACAGGGUUUGUAUCUACAUGUGUUACACUGUUACAUUUUCUCUGUUGUGGAGAUUAGUUUUAUUCCCAAGUUUGUUCAUGUACAAACUUUUGGUUUUGAUGGUAGAUUUGUAAUAUUCAGUUUUUAUAAUAUAUUCUAAAAAGUUCUUUAAUGCUAUGGAGCUGAGCCUCUAGCUAGCUAUAUUUACAUUUAUGAUACAGAAUUUAUUGAUUUUUAUUACAAGUACUAUUUUUGUUUCAUGAAUGAAUUUAAAAAACUAUUUAGGAAAAAAUUAUUUCUCUCAGUGUUAAAUGUAUUAUUUUGCACAAAUUAAACUUGAUAGUUCCUUUGUCUUCUGAGUCUACCUCUAAAACUGAAGUUCUAGCUCCACUAAAGAUUGUUUUUAUCUCUAUUUCAUCUACUUACUUUAUUAAUUACAAAAUAUAUUGACGAGAAAUUAUUUUUAAGCUGUUUUGGAAUAAUCAUAUUUUUGAUGGGAAAAAUGCUAAUUAACUUAACAUUUUUAUGCUUUGACAUGAACCAGUUUGCUGAUGUGUGUUGGUGAUUAGCAGAUACUAUUUACUGUUAGUAUUUGAUGUGUGUUGGUGGUUGGCAGAUACUAUUUACUGUUAGUAUUUGAUGUGUGUUGGUGGUUGGCAGAUACUAUUUACUGUUAGUAUUUGAUGUGUGUUGGUGGUUGGCAGAUACUAUUUACUGUUAGUAUUUGAUGUGUGUUGGUGGUUGGCAGAUACUAGCUGUAAGUGUAAGUAUUUGGUGUGCAUCCAUGUCUUGCUUUAGACCACUAUAUGUAAGGUGCACAUUUGUUGACCAAGUUAACUAUUAUUGUGCUAUGAAAUCUGACACACCAUUGUCACAACAGUAGAGAGACUGUAUCUGCUGAAAACGUGUUGAUCAUGACCCACAUAAUGACCCAUGAUUUAUGGUACCUAGGCUUCUGUUUUAUGCAGUAUUUUUUGCACUUGACAAUUGACACAUGACCUGAUUGAUGGACCAAUGGAUGACCAACCCAGCAGGGUUUCUGAACAUUUUCAUGAAAUAUCUUUUUAGAUAGUCUAAUCUUGCCAGGUUAGUCUUCCAAACAUGAUUUCAUUUGAAAAAAUAGUUGCACAGAAAUAUUAUCCUGUCUUCCAAUGUUUAAAUUAACAUAUACUAUUUAAUUGCUCGACACUUAAAUGAUGGGAAAUAAUUUUAAGUUUUUCAUAAAUUUGUUGUGAAUGGAUGUCAAAAACAAUGACUUGGACUAUUUCAAAAAAAGUCUUAAAUAGAUUUGAUUACAUAAUCAUGGGAUGAGAUUAGAUGAAAGAUGCCUGAAAUUUUUAUAUUGAAAUAAUUGUAUAUUUUAUUGUUGGUAGCUGAAGCUACAUCUCUCAAUGGUUUCAGGGGGAAAAAAUGGUCUUCUUGUAAUAACUAUUCAAUUAGUAGUUGACGCAUUUGUUUUGUGUUUUAAAAUAUUGGUAUUGAAAUAACAGUAAAAUUUAAAGCAGGUACUUGUAUACUGUUUAACAUGGUGGUUGUGACCAUAUAUAGGGCAAAUGAUGAAUGACUUUGUGAUGUCUUUGUCCAUAACAAUAGUUUCAUAUCAAAAGUGUCACAUUUUUAUUAAACUAACUUGUUUUUUCGAGUUAAUAUUCCCACAUGAUUAAAGUGUGGACAAAUAAUUUGAUUUCAUGAGAAAAAACUGAUGUGUACCAGAGCUCAUGGUUUUUUUUUUUCAAUCAUAAGGUAGUAGCUCUGCCGCAACUUGAGGUAGUUGAAUAUAUCCCAUUCAUAAUAAACUUUUUUCAUGUUUCUUGACCAUUACACUUAGUCCUCCCCCUUCUAACCCUAAUGACCUACAACUACUUAUUCAACCCCAGCACCUUCUUGCUGCAAGAGCAAUUUUAUAUUUCCAGAUAUUUUUCUGACAAUUUUAGCAAUGUUUGGUGAUGGGUAUAACUUUUUCUUUUAAAUAUGGUCAUGCUGAUUUUAUGUUAAUAUGGCAAGAGUCUUUGAUUUACAUAACUUAUUGUCAAAAGUUGAGAUUUUUUGUAACCACAUUGUAUUUUUCUGAAGUUGAUUAAUGGAAGUUUUAAAUGAGUAAUGUAUCCUAUUGUCUAUUGUAGAUAAGUUUAUGUAAGGAUAGAAGUCUUUCACUGACCACUUAGAGCUGAUUUAAGGCUUAUGCAUUUUUAUUAGAAAGCAAGAUCAGGAACAUUCAAUGUUAUACACAUUUUUAAAAUGUUAGUUGUGAGGAUUUAUUGCAUUGCCAUGAUUUUAAAUGCUGUUCAUAUGUCAUGUGUGGGGAUAUUUUUGAUGUGAUAGUGUUUUAUUUUAGCAUAGCAGGGUGAUGGCUGUUUUUGGUGUAGGUCAUUUUAUUUCAAAUUUUGAAGUUUGAAUGAAUGAAGUUUAAUGCUAAGCUGGUUUGAACUAUUUCAUGUCUACAUUUUGCCAUGUCUAUUAACCUUGUGCAUGUUGUGAUUGUGCAAUGCAAUUGUUUCCCCCUUAUCAUUACCACAAAGAAAUUCUCAUGUAUCAUUCAAAUUAAAGAUUCUUAAAAUUAUUUUAUGAUCCAUAUUUUUGUCUGUAGAUAUGAAAUAAACAUGAACCACA